CGCCACCAUUGGUAACGGCAGCCGAGUCCCGUUGCUAAGGCGAGCCGGGCCAAUAGGAGAGGCGGAUGUUGCGCCGUGCGGACGGUGCGGCUGUCCGCUUCGCCCCUUGUCAACGGUUGCCGGGCAGGCAGGGGGGCGGUUGGUCGCUCGCUCGCUCGCUGGGCCGGAGGGAGGGAGGGAGGUGCAGCUCGUCGCCGCUCGGAUCCCAGCCUCCCUUCACGACCACAGAUCGACGGCCUCGAGUGCUUUCAAUCUUUGCGCAGUGGAAAAGUGGCUGUGGUGGCCUUGCUCUGGCGCACGCCGGCCACAGCCUAGCUCGGGGCCUGGCGCCUGGUGGGGAGGCUUCUGCUCUACGACCUGGGAACAGCCAAAGUAUGUUUAAAGUUGAGUUAUAGCACCAUCAUUUGCAUUGGACAAUGUCACAAACAUCUGGUGGUUUCCUGCUUCCAUUGGGCCCAUUUUUAGGACAGAAAAAAGUUUCUCCAGCUGAAACAGAAUGCAAGGAAACCGAGGACACUUUGGAAUCAAGUGACGAGUCAUCCUUAUCAAUGAUACUUGAAAUGUCAACAUCUUCCUCAGUUGAAAUUAAAAAUACUAUGGUCACAGAGGACAAUAAGCGAAAUCAUGGAUCUUUUAAAUUCCUAACAUCUACACCACCAAAGGAUUCUUCGCAACCAGAGGAAUCUAUGCAGACGGACACAUUCAAUCAUUUAAAUGGAUCAGGAUCACAAAACAGUUUUGCCAAAUCUCUUCUGCAAGCUGAAACUGUACUCUGGAAUCGUCUUCAACCUGGAUGGAAAUGGUUCAUGGCUAAGCAGCAAGCAGAUGACUCGUAUUCCGAUGCAGAGAGUGAUGAUCAAUUGCUAACUUCAGACCAUGAAAGCAGAUGUUCUUCAAGGAGAAUGCUUGAAGCGGAGCAGAUUGUCUUUGAAUUGGAUAAGUGUUGCCAACUGCAACAAAGUUUAAAAGGUACCUUAUUUCAUGGUCAUGUAAAAUCAUUACCCAUGGAUACUUUGAGCACUGCUGACUUUCAAUAUCAUCAAGCCAUAUCAAACUUAGGAAACAAUUAUGCGAAGCUUAGGAAACUAUUGGAAUAUAGAUCUUGUAUUCUUCUUAAUAAAGCAUAUAUUAUGAGACUAAGGGGAGCAUCUAACUUUGUAAGGAAACUGGAGCAAUUGCUGAUGCAAGAACAAGAAAAGUCCCUAAAAGUAAAUGAACCCAGAGAUCAGUCAAGUGUCACAUCUGUGAAGGAACUUGGACAACUAUGUGAAGAACUGAGAUGCCAUAUAAGCCACUGGAAAUGCUUAGAAGAAAAAAUUAAGAAUGAUCCUUGGUUACGUUUUAAGCUGAUGCAUUUGAAGAAAAUGUUUAUUUGCAUGAAGCGAACUUUGACUUGGUUGAGCAUAAAUGCUGUUUUACUCAUGGAGCAAUAUAUUUCCAAAUUACUUUGUACGUUAGCAUUCACUGACCCUCAUAACAUACCCUCAGAAUUACUUUGGGAAUUUUUUCGAGGUUUGGAAAUAUACAACGUUAUUAUAACGGAAUCUAAAAUACCUCAGUCAUAUCUUGAACUGAAUCAUUCUGUUGAAGGAAUUAAUAUAAAUGAAUCUGAUUUGCUGUAUCAAAGAGUGAAAGGAACAUUGUGUCAACAGGGAGAAAACUGGAAAAUUGAACCAUUCCUAAUAGAGAGAGUAUUGAAGGUUUUAGCUAAUGAAAGAGGGAGCAUUGCGGCCUCUUAUUUUUAUGAUACCAUCACGAUGAAUAAAACAUUUCUUUCAACUGUGAACCAUAAUAAUCUCAGUGCAUUAGACUGGGAAAAUAUAAAGCUCUCAUUUCUUAGCUUUGCAGAUAAUCGCAAUAUUUUUUGUGGUGAUGAAACAAAUGAUAUCUUGUGUCAACCAAAAUUAGGAAACAGCCAACAAGAAUUGAAACCUUGUAGUUGUAAGAGGUCCAUUCAAAAGUUCUGCAUGGAAGAUGAAGUGCUUCUGAACAAAAUUGUUGACAGUCUUGUUGCAUCAAACAUAUUGUGGCAAUAUGUUCUGAAUAGACCCAAGACGAUUAAGCCACAGGAAAUCAAAGCAGAAGACCUGCACUUGCAGCACAACAUCUUUUCAGCAGAAGAUAGCCCUCACCAAAGUUUAGAAACCAAACAGAAUAAUGAAAUAACUGUAAAUCCCUUGGUUUCCCCUCUCAUGAGAAAAUCUGUACAUUGGCAGGACUACACACACUGCGAAGGAAAGGUUCUACUGUUUUCCAAAUACAAAUCAUUGAUGUGGAAAAACUUUGCAACUCACUUGCGUGAUCAAUUCUAUUUCCAGCCACUGUUUGCUUCUGGUGGCUCUAAGCAUUAUGUUGGAAAGCUGGACCAGUGCAAGGCAGAAAUCUCUGCGUUACUUAUUCAAGUACUGCUUGAAGCAUGUUAUAAAGGAAUUCUGCCAAGUGACUGUGAGCCAUUUGUAAAGGAUCUUUGUCUCUCCAUGUGGUCACGGGUUGCUCUCGUUCAUUGGGAUCAAGUAUUCUGCAGUACCUUGGGAUCAAUGCUGAAGGAUAAAUGUUUUCCUGAUUCUGACACAAAGGGAGAUACAUCAAGAAGCAGGACAGCUGGGCUGUUCCUUGCACUCUUACACCCCCUCUGUACAAUGCUAACAUGGCUGAAUAAGGAACAAGGCCAAAAUCAAGGUUCCAGUAUUGGAGGGGAUCGUAAACUACUAGUGCCGUCAAUCUUGGUGCGAACAUUGAGUCAUUGCAUCGUGACACUGCAGACUUCUUCCCAUUGGUUAAUGACAAAAAGUUUUCAGUUUCUUUCUUCUUGGUCCAUUAAUCAGUUUCUACUACUAGUUCAAGGAGAUCUAAAAGUUCUUAGGGUGAUGGCAUCAAAGAUGUUGCAGCUUGCAGAAACCUUCUGCAUUGAAGAAAAUCAGACCCAAGGAAUCCAGGAGUCUUUGCUGCAGGCUGAAGUGACUGCAUUGGUAAAAGAACUUGGCUACGCUGCCACCAUCUUCAAUACAUUCUCAACAAAAGCACUGGCGCUAUUUUCAACUAAAUGUAGAAAGAUGACGCUUGAGUUAUUUGAACAAACCAUGCCAGUGGGAAGACAGUGGAGGGUAAAUUAUCGAUCAGUUGUGCUCCCCAGAAAAUCCAAUGAAUAUGCGACUGCUGCUGUUCAAACUAUAAUUGGUCAGGUGCUGGAGGGAAUUAAACAACUUCCAGAAGAUGCUCAAACCAUUCCAUUGACAGAAGCCUUGACUGCUUUUAUGGAGGCCUGGAUGGAUCAUAUAUUGAAGGAAAAGAUAAAAUUUAGUGUCCAGGGUGCCUUACAGCUGAAGCAGGAUUUUGACACAAUGAGAGAACUAAUUUGUUCAGAUGAUCAGCAAUUAUCAAUGGAAGUCAGACAGUCUGUCCUUUCUCUCCGGGUUUUCUAUCAAGUGGACAAUGCCAUUAUCUGCCUCCUCCAGCAACCUACUAGGAAGGUCUAUGUUCCAUCAAAUACUUGGGACCAUUUCAGAAGAUGCUGCUCCUCUUCCAGCAGGACGGUCGACUUCAGUCAUCAGAACUUGAACAGUCUUGACAGCCUGGAUUUGCGGACUGAAAGGACAAGAGCAGCCUUUCAGCCUGAAGCUUCUGAUCAACUAAACAAGGUUAUAACAACUAGGCACCCAGAGUCGUACUUGGCAGUAAAUCAGCAGGAAUGGCUUGCACUGCGAGUGAACAGCAGUAGACGCAGGAAAGUUCUCCGUUUGCCUUGUAUGAAAAACACCCCAGAAUAGUGAGCGGACAUUGUUGUCUCUGUUAUUCGGUUGGAAAAACCGACUGGCAGACUUACAUUUAUGACAAGGCACUUUAACACUUUUUACUUCAGUUGAAUCUAUGACUGAUUUUAAGAUUACGAGCAACCAGAACUCCAUUUCAUUUUCUGUAUUGUGAAUAAUAAACCAGAAUUUGUGGAAUAGUCCCAAUGUAUAUUAUUCCACCGAAAUAUUUGCAUUUCCAAAGCUGAUGAUCAAUUCAAAAAGCUCCUUUGCUGAAUGAAUUUUCAUAAAAUAUUGUAAGACUGAAGUGUAAAUGCUCAAUUUUCUACAAAGUGUAUCAGUGCUGAUUUAUGCCAUCUUGAGUUUAAAAGAAUUCAGUAUGCUAUCUUGUAAGACAGUAUUUUUUGACUUUAAAGUAUUCUAUAUAAUAAUUUAUCGUAUGUUUAAAUACACUGAAGUUAACAGAGCAUCUUCACCAAAGAUAUAAUCUUUGGAAUUCUACUGCCUCGAUAAAGUGUUUUUAAUAUUGCAAGUUGGAGGAUGUCCGCAAUGAUUUAUAUCUUUUUUUUGGAUGGGCUGUCAGGCAAAAGAAACUACACACAAUAUUUAUGGAUUGCCUGUUUUUAAUGAAAUAUUCUUAAAAGGAUUUUGUAUUUAAAUCACAUGUAUUAAAAUAUGUAACAUGCUU